CUAUUGUUUCCUCCUGAUUUCGGCCUGGAAAGUUUACAAAAAGGACAACAAUAAUGGCCAGUGCAGUAUUAAUUACCAAGAAACCGCUGAUGGAGGACCUGCUGAGAAUUAAACGGUCAAGAUGAACAGACGUUCGCUUUCUCUGUUUCUCCUCAUAACUGUCGUUAAAAUAAAAGCAAAGGAACCAGAACUACCACUAUGUCCGACCAAUAUGCAGUUCUUCCCUCAACACCUACCGAUGCACUGUCGCUUGCCGAUCGGUGGAAUCCCCACCAUUCCACCAGAUUACUUUCAUAGUCCUCCUCCGGGUAAACUCCCGGCUCCUGUUCCGUUUCCCGUUCCUGCACUUCCUCCAGGUGUGCAAGGCCUUCCACCAGGUAUGCCAGGAUUUCCUCCAGGUUUGCCAGGCCUUCCUCCCGGCAUCCCAGGUCUUCCACCCGGCAUGCCACCUCUUCCUCCCGGUAUGCCUGGUUUUCCUCCAGGUAUUCCAGGACCCAUGCCAAUGCCCAUGCCAGGCGGAGGUUCACCUCACAAACUCCCGGUCAUCGUCAUGCCGUUCUACUCACCCGACCCAUCCUACAAAAAAUUACGAGAAAAAAACAAAAGAAUACUUGAAUUCCAUACUAGAAGACCACCAAGAUAUGACAAUGACAGAAGCAGUGAUACUGACACCUCAUUUGACGAAGAUUGCGACUUUUGUUCUGAAGAGCGCGGCGUGUGGAGAGGAAGUCGAGGGUUUCGAAGGAGAAUGAACAGAAUGGGUAGUCGAAUGAACAGAAAACACAAGUCCAAAAGGCACAGACACAACAGAAGGGACCUCCUCACGCCUGUAUUACAGUAUGUGACCAAAGAUGGGUAUGUGAUUUACGAGAAGAAGAUUUCAAAAGAUGAAGCAAAGGACUGGUUGAGUUUGAAAAAGGAGGCUGCUGAGCUUGAACCGGAAACUGCAGAAUUACAAAAUUUUAAUAACAAUAUGAACAAUGGUUUAGUUGAACGUCACGGAAUGAAUACAGAUGUUGAAAUUCUGAAUGAGGGUAAAGUUAAAAGCCAAGAGCAAACAGAAGUUCAAAGUCACAGAGCGCCAAAAAGACAUUUUCCUCAUAAAUUAAGAAGUCGGAACACAGAUGAUGAAAAAGACGAAACUCCAACAGAUAAUUUAUAA